AUGGUUCUUCAACUUCAUGGAUUUGCACUCUCUACUUGCACCAGCCGUGUGCGGACUGUGCUCGAGGAGAAGGGGGUGGAAGUUGAAUUUAUUCCUGUCAAUCUAGCUCAGGGUGAGCAAAAGGCAGAGUCCUAUCUGAACGAUCUGCACCCAUUCGGAAAGGUGCCAGUCCUCCGAGAUACCGAGACAGGCGUCCAGGUCUUUGAAAGCCGAGCUAUUGCGCAGUAUAUCGAAACCAAGUACAAGGACCAGGGAACUAAGCUGACUCCCCCUGAGACCGAUUUGAAGGCAUAUGCACUUUACCAACAGGCCGUCUCUGUUGAACAGUCCUACUUCGACCCGCUUGUUUCCCAGAUUGCGUUCGAGAAGGUCUUCAAGGGAAUGAAGGGCCUUGGACCAGCCGACGAACCUAAAGUCCAGGCCCUGCUCAGCCAACUCGACGUCUCUCUUCAGGGAUAUGAGCGAAUCCUGUCUAAGCAGAAGUAUCUCGCCGGCGAUAGUGUUACCCUUGCAGACUUGUACCAUCUGCCCUACGGAGCCUUUGUCGAGCAGUUUGGCUUUGCUGAACUGGUUGACAAAUAUCCUGCGUUUAAGAAGUGGUGGGAGGGUUUGAAGAACCGAGACAGCUGGAAGAAGGCUUCUCAAUAG